AUGAUCCUCGAGGUACUGGUAUACGAUCCGGUAGGCCACGAAAAGGCUAUUUCCUCGCUGAAGUCGUCGAAAUUCGAUUAUUUCGUGAAGGUAUUCUCGUCGUUCCACGGACUUGUGAGCUAUCUUCUCGGUAGAAACAGUUACACUCUGAGAAAAUCUACCGGUUCUUUGGUCGAACUGGUACCCAACUCCGCCGAGAAUGACCUCUUUCAUAACAUUUGCAUCGUCUUGGAUUCAGACGCGCCUCACAGACCAGAGGACCUCUUCGAAGACAAAGAGGCCCUGCUCAGGUACAGAUUCCAGCACCUAAAUCUCUCGGUCAUACCCUUCAGCUUUGAGUCCUCCACUGACGAUCUGAAUGAAAUUCUGGAAAAGAAGUCUUUGCGCAAAGCCCAAUUACUCAAAGAUAGACUACCGCGAAUCCAGACAUGGGUUGGGCUGAUAGAGAAUGUUCCUCCUUGCAUCCUUACUAUGCCGAACGUGCUCGAAACGCUUGAUAAGAAGCCAGAUGGACUGAGUCUAGAUGCCAAAGUUGGCCUCGUUCAGCGACUAGCCAAUGCCUUUGAUUACCGGUCUUUGAUGGAGCUCAAACACCCGGAAGGCUACUACAGUGAGGUUGUUGGGCAAUGGGAGUUCCCUGCACACGAUCUCACUAUCGACGAGCUUUUGUACUGUGGUUUUGUCAUGCUGAAGCUCGGUCUACAGAACUGGGAUGCCCAGAAUGCUGAAAUGGGAAAGAGCGAGAUUCCUACUCUUUUCCGCAACGACAACACCCUGCUCAGCUUCCUGUUCCACGUUCGCGAUAAUUACCGUCUCGGAAAUCCAUUUCAUAACUUCCGUCAUGCGAUUGAUGUUCUGCAGGCGUCGUUCUACUUUGUAUCGAAACUGCAGGCCAUUUCUGCUAACGAUUCACUUAUCAACAACAGGCUGUCUAAGGAGUUGAUGAACCCAUGCGCAACUGCACUUCUGCUAGUGGCUUCUCUUGGACACGAUAUUGGCCAUCCCGGUAUCACGAACCCGUUCUUGACAGCACAUAAGACUCCCGUGGCUGCUUAUUUCAAGGACCAAUCCGUUCUGGAGAACUUCCAUCUCACUCAGUUUUGCUCGAUUCUUGAGCCUUAUGCCGUUACUGCACCCAAAUUCUACGGAUCUUUUUCGCAAGUGUUUAUUUCAGACUGCAUCCUUGCCACAGACAUGGCCAAACAUGACUUAUACACCAGCAAGAUCACGGACUUUAUGCCUAUGGAAGCUGUCGAUCGGAGCAAGUCAGGUGUGAAAACCGUCGCUACUAAUACUCUGGCUGCGCUGCUGAUCAAGUGUGCGGACAUCUCAAACGUGUGUCGACCAUUGCGAGUUUCUGUAAAAUGGGGAAUCUCAUUGAAUCAGGAAUUUUCUGAAGUGGCCGCCCUGGAACGUCUAAUGAAAGAUAGUACUAGUGCGAAAAACGUGGAAAAGGUGCCCUCUGUGCCCGUCAGCUCGCUUACACCCCAAUCUGCAAUGAAAUUGGUACCUUCACUAAGUGGAAGUCAGCUGUUCUUCAUUGAGAGGUUCGCAGAGAAGUUUUUCAAUGAAAUAAGUGACUCUUUGCCGGCAUUGGACUUUUUGAGUGAGGAACUAGAGAAGAAUAAGCUGUUUUGGAAGAAACCAGCUAAUACCACUUAA